AUGACGAUGCAGCAGCAGAAGUGGGAAAAGAUCAGCGCGGAAAAGCGUCGCGCGCUCGCGGAACAGAUACCGCUCGAACAUCGCAUUCCUCCACACCUUCUACCGCCAGACGAACAGCUCGAUGUGACGCCGUUUCCUAGGGAAUCGGGAUGGUUUUCGAAGAGAGAAUUGGAAAUCACGGAUAGCACAGCGAGCCAUAUUCUGAAGAAGAUCGCGUCGCGCACAUGGAGCUCCGAAGAAGUGACAAGGGCAUUCAGCAAGCGUGCUGCUGCAGCGCAGCAAUUGACUAAUUGCCUCUCCGAAAUCUUCUUUAGCGAAGCAAUCGCCCACGCGAAAUCGCUCGAUGAACACCUACGCACGAUAGGCAAGGUCAUCGGCCCCCUUCAUGGCCUCCCAAUAUCCCUCAAAGAUAACUUCAACAUCGUUGGAAAGGACAGUACGGUCGGAUUUGCUUCCCUAGUGAAUCGGCCCGCUGAAUACAAUGCUACGCUGGUGGAGCUGUUGGAGAAGCUCGGGGCUGUCCGAUAUUGCAAAACAAAUGUUCCGACGGCAAUGAUGAUCGCAGAGUCGGUCAAUAACGUAUUCGGACGCACAGUGAAUCCACUGAACAGAAGGCUGACCUCGGGAGGCUCAUCAGGAGGCGAAUCGGCAUUGAUCGCGUUCGGGGGAAGUCCGUUAGGAGUUGGAACUGAUAUCGGCGGAAGUUUACGCAUUCCAGCUGCGUGCACCGGCAUAUUCACUCUCCGACCGUCGUUCGGUAGAUUCACCACCCAAAGAUGCCGCUCCGGACUAGCAGGUCAAGAAGCCGUUAUGAGCGUAAACGGGCCAAUGGCAAGGACUCUCGAAGAUAUUGUCCUGUUUUCGAAGACCAUCGUAGAUUCACAGCCUUGGCUGGUAGAUCCAAAGGUCCUUCCCAUCCCAUGGAGGCCUGUAGAGUGUCAAAAGAAAUUGAAGGUGGCCGUGCUGUGGCAUGAUGGGAUGGCUGUACCAACACCUCCGGUUACGCGCGCGUUGAAGGAGACGGUCGAGAAGCUGAAGCAGGCGGGUCACGAAAUCGUCGACUGGGAUCCGGUUCUCCAUCCCAAAGCCCUGGAGCUUCUGGGCCGGAUGUUCGUCGCAGAUGGCGGAAAGAGUGUUGAAGCUCUGCUUGCGCCUACCGGGGAGCCAUUCCGACCUGAAAUGCAGCAGUACCAGGAGGCCGAAGAGCUAGGAGUCCACGCGAUGUGGCAAAUACAUCUCGAGCGGUCCGAGUUGCAGAAGCAGUAUCUAGACCAGUGGACAUCGUGCGAUGGCCUGGAUGCCAUACUAGCGCCCACGACACCUUUCUCCAGCGUCGAACAUGGCGGCUUCAAAUACGUUGGCUAUACGGGCGUGUUCAAUAUUGUUGACUAUGCUGCUGUUUCUUUCCCUUGUGGCGUGGUUGCCGAUAAGGAGAAGGACCCACCCAUUGCCAACCACGCCCCCCUCAGUGGCUUCUGCAAGGACAUCCACGAUGAUUACAAUGCCGAUCUGGUACAUGGAAUGCCUGUUAGUCUACAGCUCGUGGCUAAGAGGCUUGAGGAAGAAAAGGUGCUUGCGAUGACCGAGACCGUGCUCCAGGCUAUACAUCCCUCAAAGCUGUCUUCUAUAAUGACCAGCAUCAAAUCCCGGUUGUAA